AUGGGUAAUGACGGAGGCUCAAUUCCUAAACGUAUUGAACUUGUUAAAGAAAAGCAAAAGGAAGUGCGUCCAGAUCAAAAUGCUUUAAAGAUUGCUAUGUGGUUUUUUUGUGCGUUGUCGAAGCGGCCUUUACAAGCUCCUGUUGUCGCUUGUGCACUUGGAAAGUUAUACAACAAAGAUGCAAUAUUAGAAUAUCUAUUAAACAAAAGUGCGUAUGGCGACGGUGAUGUGAUUUGCUCUCACAUUACAAGCAUAAAGGACGUAAAGACGCUUAAUCUUACACCUAAUCCUGCUUUUAAAGAAUCUUCGGCAAGUGUUGCUCAUUUCGAACGGGGAAUGGUAUCUAAAUUUAUUUGUCCUAUUUCUAUGAAAGAAAUGAAUGGCAAAUUGAAAUUUGUGUAUUUAGACACAUGUGGUUGUGUAUUUUCAGAGCAAACAUUAAAAGAAGUACCAAGUGAAGCAUUCUUAACAACUUCCACCAAUAGCAAUAAGCGAAAGAACGAUGAUGGUCAUGAUAGCAGUCCUCAAUCAUCCAAGAAGCUCGCUAUUGAUUCUCAAAUAAAUGGAAGUAAUUCUUCGGGGUCUUCAAAAGUCAAACAGUCCAAAGCAAUCCAAUCAAUUUAUUCCAAGAAAGGGGAUUGUAAUGUUACUGAAAGUUAUUUAGUCAGAGGGACAUUUAAUAGAUACGCUGCGUAA